AUGGAGGGAAAAGACGGACAGGCGCCCACGGGGGGCAAGGACGGGCACAACCGGCAGGAAAGAACAAAAGACAAGAACCAGAGGAAGACGGCAGCGACGAAGCAAGGGAGGAGGAGCGACGAGGAGCACAGGCAGGGAAAGGCGCGAACGGAGGGGCGGGAGGAACAAACCCGACGGGGAGGCGGAGGCCCGGAAGGGAGGGGCGCAAAAGAGAGGAGGGGCACAACGGAAGGAAGAAACCAGCCAAAGGCACGGGAGGAGCGCCAAAAGCGGAGAAGCAGGCCGGAAGGAGAGAGCGCGGAAGGGGAGCAGAAGGCGAACGAGAGGCGAGGACGGGGGGAGAAGGGAACAGAAACACGACCGCGAACGGCGAAGAGCGGGGAGGGGACACGGCGGGCACGCCCACGCAGGAAGAGAGCCCAAAAGAGAGGCAAGGCACAGAAACAGGCCAAGAACAGAAAACCAGAAGGCGAAGGCAAGAAGGGGGAAGCGGAAACAGACACCAACGGCCCAAAGAAGCGCAAGGGCCACCGCGAAAGGAAGGGAACAGGACGAGGGCGGAGAGGGCGGACAAAAGGGGGGGAGCCGGACAAACCAAAAAGGGCCCAGGAGCAAGGGGAAGAAACGAAAGACGCGAGGAAGGCGCGAAAGAAGGGAGGAAGGGGCAGGGCACCACAAGGGAAAGGGGUGCGGGCGAAGAAAGGCAGGAAGAGGGGACAACAGGGGCAGAAAGAGGGGGGACAACCAAACGGGCAAGGAAAGGAACGGAGGAAGGAGAAGAACAAAAGACGAAAGGAAGACGGGGGGAAACGGGGGACGGAGGGCGAGACGCACAAGCCAAGGGGGAAGGGAGGAAAACAAGGAAAGCCAGCAGCGGGAGGGGAGGAGCGGAAGGAGCGGGCGAAAGGAGCACGCCCACGGAGGAAGAGAGGCGGGAGCCAAAGGAAGGAGAGAACACGCAGAAGGGAGGGGACCAACGAAAGAAGGAAGAGAGAAGGCCCCACCAGGAGGGGGGCAGACGAAAGAAGCAAGAGGGGGGGCCAAGGAGAGGCCAACGAAAGGAAGAAGGAAGGAGGACAGGAGGCGCCACCAGAGGGGGACAGACGAAAAGAAGAAAAGACGCCGGCCAAAACCAAGGGGGAAGGCGGCGCAGAAGAGAGAGGGAGGAGGGGAAGCCAAAAGAAGGAGAGCAGACCACGCAACGGACGAGAGGGAGGCCAAAGAACCAAGGAAGCGGCGGGAAAAAGAAGGAAGAAAAGGGGGAGCGAAAGGGGGGAAGGGACGAAAGACAGGGGGGCCAAGGCAAACCAGAAACGGAGAAGGAGAAGGGAACGAAAGGGAGAAAGGCGAAGAAAGGGAGAGAAAGGGAGGAGCGAAGGGGGGAGGAAGGGAGGGACAGAAAACGGGCCGGGGGGCGAAAGGGGAAGGCGAGGAAAGGCAAGGAAACACGGAGGAGAGGAGGGGAGCGCAAGGACGAAAGAGGCCAGAAGAAGCGAGGGACAGAAAACGGGCCGGGGGCGAAAGGGCGACGCAAGAAGAGCCAACGGAAAGGGGAGGAGGAAACAAGGAGCAAAGGGAGGGAAGAAGCAAGGGACAGAAAACGGGCGGCAAAGGAGCAAGGAGAGGAGGACACCAACGGGCAGGGGGGGGCGGAAGAAACGGGGGGGCAAGGCAAGGAGAUGCAGGACAACCAGGAGGACAAAAAAAACGGAAGAGAGCAGGGGCCGGAGCGGAAGCCCGGGGGGCAAAGGAAGAGAGAGGACCGAAAGGGGACAGCAGAAAAGGAAGCGGCAGGAGAGAGAGGAGAAGGAUGCAGAAAGGAAGGAAAGCGGUGAGGCGAGCAGCACGGAGAAAACGACGAAACGACAGGCCGAGACAGAAGGGCCGGGGGGCGAAAGGAGGAGCAGAGGGCAGGAGGGCAGCCGAAGGAAGCAGACAAAGAGAACGAAAGGGCCGGGGGGCGAAAGGCCAGCAGAGGACAGACAAGGAAGCACAAGGGAGAGGGCGAAAACGGGAGGGGACCCGAACAGCGCAAGAGAGAAGGGAACGGAGGAAGGAGGCGGGGGCGACGCCCCAACGAAGGAGAAGGAGAAGAGCACGAGACAGGGAGCAAAGGGGAGGGGACCAACAACGCAAGAGAGAAGGGGAACGGAGGAAGGAGGCGGGGGCGACGCCCCAACGAAGGAAAAGGAGAGGAGCACGAGGCAGGGAGCAGGGCCAGCGGGAGGGGAGGUGAACGGGAGACAAGGGGAGGAAAGGAAAGAGGCGGGGCGACGCGGGAAGGAAGCGAGAAAGGGGAAGCACGGGGCAAAAGGGGAAGGGAAAGCCGAACAAACGAAAGGAAACCAACACAGGAGAGACAAGGAGGAGGGAGACGCCCAGGAAAGGGGGGCGAGACGAAGCGCGGUGAAAGACCAACGCCUGAGACAGAGGAGCGGCGCAAGGGGACGAGGAGCAACAAGGCGGGGAAGCCAGGGCCAGAGAACGAGGAGGCCGCCCCAAGAAACGGCCCGAAGGCAGGGGGGCGCAGGGGGAAGGAAAAGCGGGGGGGAGAGCGAGAAGAGGGGAGAGGCACCGAGGGAGAAGGCCGGGAAAGGGAGGAACGAAAGUGAACGGACGAAACGGGCGGAAAGGCAGGCACGACCGCAACGAAAGGGGAGGCAGAGGGCCAACGGAAGAAGGAACGUAAGAGAAGGCCAGCCGAAAGGAGGCAGGGCGAAAGGCAGAAGAAAAGGGCAGAAGCGAAAAAAAAAGAAGAGGAGGCAGGGGACAGAGAGGCAGAAAAGCAACAGAAGAAACGCAGAGAGGCGAAAGAAAGGGCAGAAACGGAAAACAAGGGAAGAGGAGCAAGAACCGCAAAGGAGACAAGGAAGAGGCAAAACAAGGAGGACGGCGAACCAAAAGAAAGCCAAAAGGGAAGAAGAAGAGAAGAGAGAGAGACGGGGAAAGGGGAAAAACGAGAAGCCCACGGGGAAAAGGGGGAAGGGCAGAAAAGCAACGGGGGGAGAAACAGGCGAAGGCACAAAGAGCAAGCCAGAGGAGAGGGGAGGCGGAAAGAAAAAAGCGCACAAAAGCGAAGGGCAGAAGGAAACGGAAGAGGAGGCACGAAGGGGAGGAAAAGCAGAAAACAAGGGAAAGAGGAGGAAAAACACCAAAGGGGGGAGGCAAGGAGGCAGACGGAACGAAAGGGGGGGCAAGGACAGCGAAAAGCAGAAGGCAAAGACGAAAUGA